CUAGGACCAGCCAGUCACCGGGGAGCUGUCAAAGAGGAGGGAUUGUUUACCUUUUCUCUCCCUCGCCUUCCCUUCAAGAUGGAGAGGCGGAGGCGCGCAGAGCUCCUCCAGUUCUAUGGGGACGGGACGAAGGAGGAGACGCCCUACGACAUCAAUUCGAAGCACUUCAACUGUGACAUGUACGUCCAGAAGACCAUCAAGGAGAGCAGUCUCAAGCAGCUAUUGGAACAUGAGACAGAUCUGGUGUCGGAGAUCCAGAGCCUCGACUCUGAUUGCCAGACCCUCGUGUAUGACCACUACGACAAGUUCAUCGCAGCUGCUGAUAUUGUCCGCAAGAUGAAGGAAGGCUCGGUCAACAUGGAGGCACAGAUCACCCGCCUGCAGGAGAAUAUGAGCAGGAUCACGGCCUCCUCCACCAGCAUCACCUCGGCCCUUCAGGAGCGCCGUGGUCACCUGAGUCGGCUGUUGGGAGUUCAUGGGACUCUUAAGAAGCUGGAGUUCCUUUUCCAUCUCCCUCAGAAAAUUGAUGAGUGCAUUGCUGAAAAAAACUUCUCUGAGGGUGUGCGCAGCUACGUGGAGACGGCGGAGGUGCUGCACCGUUACCGCCACAUGCCAUCCUUCGACGCCAUCCACAAUGACUGUGAGGCAGCUGUGGGCCGCCUUAAUGCAGCCCUCAAGGAGCAGCUCGCCCUCAAGGAGGGAAGUGCUCGUCACCUGACUGAGUGCGUAGACCUUCUCCUGCAACUCGGGGAGCCUGCCUCUGGACUGUGUGACGACUUCUUGUCCCACGCCCGCACCAAGCUGGAGGAUGACCUUGCCACACUGACACGACUGGCCGAGGCUGCGGCUGAGGCAGAGCAGGAGGGAGGCCCACACCAGGAGGCAGGGGAGGCAGGGGCUGAGGAGGCUGCCAAGGAAGUCCCCCAGGAAGAGCAGAGUGGCAGUGGUGGUGGUAAUGGUGUCCCUGUGAAGGCUCCCCCCAUGGACAUUCUUGAGUUUGUGGAUGUCUGCCAUGAAACCUUUGUUGGUAACCUGUGGCUGGUCAUCUCCUCCUACAAGGAAAUGUUCCUGAGGAGUCCUGAUGAAGCAGGGAGGUCUUCCAGCGUGGCUCUGGAGAAGCUUCGUGCCUUUGUGACUGGGCUGGUGGAUCAGUACGUGGCAGUGGUGGGGGUGAGGGUGGCCGCCGAGCCUGACACUGCCCACUACGCCCCUCUCACCACCGCCCUCGACAAGUUCCACCGCCGCUUGCAUGCCAUCACACAGCUGCUGCUCAACACCAAUUUUGGAGACACGGCUCUGGCUCUAGUCAUUGAGGCCGGACAAGCUCGAUGCAACUCCUCCCUCACUGCACUGAAGGUGGGACUGGCAACCAACUUAGGCGAUGUUAGACAUGCCCUGGCAGCCCCUCGCCACCUGACACAGGAUGGCACAGAGUCGACACAUCGCCAGCUCAAUGAACACCUCACUCGUCUUGUUGCCUCCACUGCUGCCUCCAUCAAAGAGCGAGUAACGGCACUGCAGGCCUUCACUCAGCCCAAACACACCUUUGCUGUGAAGGCAGAGUUUCGGCGUCGGUUCUGCCGCGAGCUGGUGAGGGAGGGCGUGGUGGUGGCCUUCUUCUUGCACCUCACAGACAUGAUGGUGCAGUUCUGCCACAAGAAGGACAAAGACCCGGUGCUGCUGCUGCUGCUCUCACGCAUGUGUCUUGAUCUCCACACCUCUACCGUCCACUAUCUGCUGAGCCAUUGUGAUGAGCAGCUCCAGCUGGAGGAUAAGACAGGGCUGACACCCCUGCACAGCAUCACCGACGGCAUGAAGGACGCAGGCCAGCGCCUCCUCAACCACUAUGUCCACACCCAGGGUGCCGCCAUCAGUCAGAUGUUAAGGCGCAGCGUCGAGCUAAAGGACUGGCUGGGGUGUGGGGAGCCUCGCAGCGUACGCAGGGUCAUGAGGACGGUGCUUGAGGAAACGUCCACCAUUGACACUCAGGUUGGAGCCCUCUAUGAAGAAGGAAGCCAUCGUGACCGCUCAUCUGACUCCUCCCGCCGCACAUACCACAGCGUCAGUGCUUCUCGAGGGGCUGGUGGACGGUCUGCUUGGUCAUCCUACACCCCCAGUCAGUUGGACAACAGUCUGGUUGCUAAUCUCAACAAGUUGUGGUCUGAGCGCAUUGAAAUAUUCGCACCGGUUGAGUUUACCAGGUUGUCGAUAUUGACAGGGAUUGUUAAGAUCAGCCUCAAGACACUGCUGGAGAGUGUACGACUCAGGACGUUCAGCAGGUUUGGGUUGCAGCAGGUCCAGGUGGAUGCCCAUUAUCUGCGUACAUAUCUGUGGUCCUACGUGGCUGAUGAACACGUGCUCAAUGUUCUGCUGGAUGAGGUGGUGACGUCGGCAAGUGUGCGGUCCAUUGAGCCAGAGUUGAUGGAGCAGCGAGUGGUGGAGUUCAUAUGUGAGCAGAGUUAGGGUCGAGACAGAGUUCUCCAGCUCCUUGGAAAACUCCUUCAGAAACUCUCCAUAGACCAAUGGCUCCAUGUUGCGGCCUAGGUGGUAGAUGAGGAACCAGUCACCAAGGUUGCACUUCUUGGCAAUGAGAUCAAGGUUGUUGCGUCCAGCCCAGCGCCCACGAGCCUGAGAACAAAACACCACGUCAGAUAGAUGUCCUCAGUGGAAGGAUUGAUGUAUUGAUUGGGGUACACAAUCAUGGUACUGCAAGUUAAGUAGGAAGGAUGUGGUGCUGUUUGUAUAUAGUUUUCUAGUUGCAUGUUCUUGGUCUAACAUUUUAACAAGAUGGUACUAUUUAAAGAAUGAUGGUUGUUGAUCAGUGUUUCACUCUUCAUUCCAUUCUGUUCCAUUCCAUCAUCCCAUACAUCACCAAUAAACUUUAAAAGAAUUAUACUAUAUUUUUCAUCACUCAUACAAAUCCAGUCUCAGAAUCACUUCCAUUAAAGGGUGUCACAUCAUGUAAAUUAUAUUUAUGAGGGAAGAAUAUCAUGUACUUCCCCAUACAGUUAUAGCACUUGCCAUGUCUAUAUUUAGGUUAAUAUAUGAAUCAAAUAAUACAAGCAUAAUUUUUAUUCUGUACAGGCAGUCCUCAUUAUAUAUACACCUGUUAUGAAUAUAUACCUAUUCUUAACCCUAUGCACUUAAGAAUAUCCUGCCCUUUUGUCCCACUUUUCUGUGAGGGGGAAAGGGAUUUAGAGUAACCCUCCCCUCCAGUUUUGAUUUAGAAAGGAAAAAUUUAAUUACUCAUGAAAUUGUUAUCCUCAAGAAUUUUUAAGAACCUAACCCAUGCAUAUAAGGAAGAUUGUUUGUACUUAUAUGCAGAGUUUUCCUCAGGCCUAAGCAUAGUACGAGAGUAAAACACUCAAAUGGAAGCGCUCCUGUGGCUUAUGGGAAGGGACUAUGAUCAACUCAAAGGUUCAAAGGUCAAAGAGAGAGUGGACUCUUGGGCAACACACAUCUCACUGCAGUGCACCCCCUUCUUUCUAUCCACCAACCUUACUCUUAUACAGUUAUCGUAAAUACUCAUGUAGAAGCAGACACCAGGCUAUGUUCGAAUGAGAAAUGAAUUUAACCCCUAUAAAAGUAUAGGAAGUAGUAGUAGGUAGUAUAAAAAGUAUCAGUAAUUGUAGCAGUAGUAAUAGUAGUUUUAAAGAAUUGUUCAUAAAAUUUUGACUUGUGUACAGCAAUAUAUUCAAGAUGUACCCCCUGGUUAAUGGCACUUACCAGCCUCUGCACAUCCCUCUUCACCACCUGCCUUUAUGGAUGUAACAACUUCUGUAUUCAGUCACAACUCUCAUAAGAGAUUUAAACCCUAGAAGAAUAGCAAGAGGUAUUUAACAGCUGGCAGAGCAUCACAGCUGGAAUUGAGUUUGUCGGCAGACAUUACGACCUUACUAUUACUCAAAAAUAUUAUUUAUUAGUAUUCAAAUAGUGAGUAAGUUAGCAUGCCUUGUGUGGCUUGAUAACUUCCUCAUGCACAAGAAAAAUAAAAAGAUAAAGCUUUA